CGAACCUCAGUUCUAAGCCAGAAGUUAAACAUUAACUAAGUUCAGUGAAGAGCAAUUAUAAACUUUGUAUUCUACAAUGAAUCACCGGUCGAAUUCGAACUUGUGGCUGCUUGCCUUGAUGGUCGUUAGUGGAGUUUGUCUGGGAAAUGCUCAAGUUCCAUUCCCCGGCAAGUGCCCUGAAGUCGAACUACUGGAGACCUUUGAUGCGGAAGCGUACAUGGGCAUCUGGUACGAGUACUCCGCUUAUCCAAAUACUUUUGAAAUCGGCCAGGAAUGCGUCUAUGCGAACUACAGUAUCGUUGACAGCAGCACUGUUUCCGUGGUGAAUGGCGGUAUCAGUGGAUUGAGUGGUCAAGCCACGAACGCAUCUGCAAUUGCUAAGGUUCUUGGACCUGGUCAGUUGGCUGUGGCAUUUUACGAAGGCCAGUCCCUAACGAAGGCCAACUACUUGGUUUUGGGCACCGAUUAUAAAUCAUAUGCCGUUGUCUAUAGCUGCACCAGUGUUACACCCUUGGCAAACAUCAAAUUCGUUUGGAUCCUAACUCGUGAGCGUGAACCUUCUUCGGAGACAAUUGCCGUGGCCAAGAAGAUCUUGGAGGAUAAUAAGGUGUCCCAGGAAUUCCUCAGCACUACGGUGCAAAAGAACUGUCCCCAAUUGUAGGGAAAUCGCUCUGGAUUAUUCGCAAGCGAUGCCUUAAUGGGGCUGACUUGGUAACGAACCAAACAUGAAAAUUGUUUUAACGCUUAUAAAUGAACUUUUUAAGUUACUUAAUGUUUUGUUAUUCAAUUGUACAUUUAUCGAUAGUUAAUUGUUCUUUAAUGUAAAUAGUUGUUGUUGCAAAGAAUAAAACCAAAAAUCUAUCGAGCUAUAA